AAAGCUUUAUACAUACUCUUAUUUGCUUUGUGUCAUUCUGAAUUUGUAAUUUUUGUAUAACUAUGGAAGCUUAUUAUUAUUCUACUUCUGAUUCUUCUUUUUCAUCAUCCAAGUCCAUGGUGGAAUCAAAGAGGGUAGUGAAACCUGCAUACCCUUUUCAACCGCAUUCCAUGCUUCAUUCAGUGAAGAAAUCUCAAAGCAAGCCGUGGAGGAAUAAGUUACACGUGGCACCGAUGCCGCCGAGACCCGUCAAAGUUUACGAAGUGGACGCCGUGAACUUCAGAGAACUCGUUCAGCAGCUUACCGGUGCACGUGCCAUGGAGCAGUUCAUGAAACCACCUCAGAGCGUGGCACGUGCUGAAACUGAAACUAUUUUUACUAAUAGUUCCAAUUCCAAUUUUGCUGCAGAAGCAGAAGUGUGCACUAAUAAUAAUAAUGAUGAUGAUAGCUGGUACUCCAACCGGGGUUUCCAAGAUGAUGGGCUAAUGGGAAGAUCACCUCCUUAUUAUAGUAAUUUAUGGUGUAACUUCCCACCUAUUAGCCCAGGAAUCUUGAGUAGCUUGGAAUCCAGCAGGAUUCUGUUGGGGCUAGCUAGUAAAAUCGAUUGUGUGGAUAGUUGAAGGAUUCAACACACACACUGUUAUUCCUUUUAAAAUUUCAAUUGUAAAUCAGCAAUUAUUUCUGGACUCUGUUGUAGAAGAAUAAUGCUGCUGAUUCUCCAACUAUUUUAGUUAUAUUUGUCUAUUGUUUGAUUUUAUCCUGAUUUUGUGUAA